AUGAAGAACCAGCGCCCAGAAGCCACUCCAGUGAUCGACCCCGCAUCUAUAUCAAGGUGCUGCAUAGAAAGGGGUCUGUUUCCGGCAGUUCCUUUGUUCUUUCAAUAUCCCUGCAGCACCAGCAAGGGUUGGUCGGAGUGGGUUGACCAUGAACUGAAGAACCCGUCUACCCGUGAUAUCCUAAGCCGGGCAGGUGUGUUGGAAGCCAUCUUUGCUCUAAGGCUUGCGACAUCCCUAUUGAAGCCAAGACGCUUCAACACUUGGUUAGACGGUGGAGUACCGAGACACACACUUUUAUUUGUUCGUGGGGAGAGUUCACUCCCAGCUUGA